CGCAUCAUCGCAUGUUCCGGUUCCACACUCCACAGAAUUUAAUCAUACAAUUAUUGCUAUUUUAACUUCAUGGCUUCACUCUGGAAUUCACUUUUAGAUUUUGGAUCAAUAUGUCAGUGUAUGGCUUCUACUGUGUGUAAUUUUGUUGGCUGCCAGCUGGACAUGUUAUACUUGGGCUGGGUGACAUCUCUGCUCUACCCAGCAAUUCUAACUAUCUUCAUCCUGCCAUUCUUCAUUCUCUUCUUCUUGUAUUUUAGCUCCCUAAUUCUCUACAUCUACACAUACCGGUGGCGCCAAGUGAAGGAAGUUCUACAGGAAGGACUGCAUGACCCCUGGGCUGGUGGACGAUACCUCAUUUCUGUGCUAUGGGACGCUCAUGGCUACAUAUGGCAUGGAUAUGAAGUGCAAGGCAUUGAAAACGUCCCAGUAGACAGAGGUGCACUAAUAGUUUACUACCAUGGUGCCAUCCCUGUCGAUAUCUAUUACUUUGUUGCUCGCUUCAUCACCAGCACUGGCAGACAUGUUCACUGCGUCGGCGACCGCUUCCUUCAGAAGAUUCCAGGCUGGCACUCCAUACUGGAAGCCUUCCGGAUCUCGCCGAGCUCGGUGUCUGACUGCGUGCGCAUCGUGCGCGCCGGCCACUUGCUGGCCAUCAGUCCUGGCGGCGUGAGGGAGGCGCAGUUUUCCGACCACAGCUACCCGCUCCUCUGGGGCUGCAGGAAAGGCUUCGCUAAAGUCGCCAUCGAAGCAAAUUGCCCCAUCAUCCCGAUGUUCACCCGCAACGUGCGCGAGGCGUUCCGUGUGAUGAAUUUCCCAAGCGCUCUCUUCAGCGCCCUCUACAGGCGCUUCAAGCUCCCCUUCGCCCCCAUCUACGGGGGCUUUCCUGUCAAGAUGGUAAGCUACCUCGGCCCGUGCGUGUACCCACUGCCUGACGAGAGCGACGAGCAGCUGGCGCAGCGCGUGGAGCGCGCCGUGCGCAGCCUCAUCGUGCAGCACCAGCGCCUACCCGGCAACAUCCUCGCCGCGCUCCUGGACCGCAUCCACCCCAGCCUAGCACGCUCCCUGCUUGGUGCUGGGACUCCUCCCCCUCACAUAGCUGAGGCGCCUCCCACUCACUCCGCCGAGGCUCCUCCCUCUCAUACCGCCGAGGCUCCUCCCUUUCAUACCGCCGAGGCUCCCACUCAUACCGCCGAGGCUCCCACUCAUACCGCCGAGGCUCCUCCCUCUCAUACCGCCGAGGCUCCUCACUCUCAUACCGCCGAGGCUCCUCCCUCUCAUACCGCCGAGGCUCCUCCCACUCAUACCGCCGAGGCUCCUCCCACUCAUACCGCCGAGGCUCCUCCCACUCAUACCGCCGAGGCUCCUCCUUCUCGCACCGCCCACGAACAUAAAAGUAAACCUGGCCACAAGGAUGAGGUUGUGGAAAAUGCUAAUAAGGCUGAUGAAUAUGCUAGACUUGGAGGCGAUGUUGGCUCUGAUUCGACUCUCGAUGCUGCCACUGAUGACGAUGAUGUUAGUGAUGUUGAUAGUAAUCAUGAAACGGCCAUCGAGCGUGAAAUUAUUUCCAGUGAAACGUAUCAAACUGAAAAGAAUACCGCUGAUAAAUCAUCAAACUUACUACAUCUGUCUAGAAAACAAAGUGAGAAAGAAAAAAUUACUGGUGAGUCUGAGCUGAUAACUGCAAUAAGCAGCGGUGUUCCUGAGAGUAGCGAUGACGCUGCUCGCUCAUAUUCCAGGCAAUCAAACCCACAGCGAUCACCCCUUAUCGCAGCAAUCGGCGACGUUCCAGAGGAAGAAUUUCAGAAUAAAUCAAAUAAUCCCCAAUCACAAGACGGAAUUAGAAGAAGAAAGAACAAACGAACCCCGAACCCAAGUGUUGUUCUAGGACAUCGUACUGAUGAACCUCAACAAGCUACAGGUACUAGUGAACCAAUUGCAGAAGAGAGUCAAGGCAAUAGUGAGGAACAAGUUCAACGUUUUCCACCUCAUGAAACUCUGGGGUGUGACCUGCGACAAAAAACCAGUUGCGAAACAUCUGAUAGUGAAAUUGAUAGAUUAGUCUUCGAGAAGGAAGCACCAAGCGAAACUUAUUACACAGAACAAAAAUCGAGUACUGGUGCUGCGCCUGGAGGAAGCUGGGGAAACGAAGCCAGUGAAGCUCCAAGAUAUGGUGGUGAAGCUAUUGACUUUCCAUGUUCAGAAGUGUCGACUUCUAAUCUUCAUGAUAAAAAAAUGUCCACUGUAUUGCUUGGAACGCAGUCUGUAUCGUCUGAAGCCUCCACGGUUUGCGACGACCUUGAAGGUGCGACUAAUUUUGAAAAAGCUGAAAUAUCUUCUCCCACGCCUACAUGCUCUUCCCCUGAACUGUUAUCAUCCAAAGAAACUCCGCGUCCCACUGAGCAUCUCGAGGCCGCGCGACACGACGAUCAUUUUAGUCUCAGUGCUGACGAAGUUGUAGAUCAAAAACCUGCCCAGAAGGCCGCCGAAGAUUUAAGUUUCUCUGAGAACGGCAAAGCGUCUCUGGCAGCAGAGGUGCAGCUCGGCACGGCAGCCAGCAGCGACAGCGACAGCAGCAGCGGCAGCAGCUUCGAGAUCGUUGACUCUAACAAGCCAAAGUUAUGAGUGCAGGAUUGUGAUUUUAAUGUUGAUUAAUCCAGUGAUUUGGUAACAAAUCCCAUUUCAAGUGAUAUAGCAGAUUUUAUUGUUUUGCUUACAAUGAUUUGAUAUCAAAGUCAACAUGAACUUAUUGUUUCAUUGAAUAAUUUUUAUUUUGAAAGCUUUCGCUGUGAUAUAGAUGUCUAACUUAUGAAUUGCUUGCCGGAAAAUCAAUUUAUUAAGCCUGCGGUUCAUUAUUUAAACGAUCAAAUAUUUGUUGGAGUUUAAUGUCAGUAAUGUCAGCCUGGUCAGUAUUAGCUUUUACUUGUCUAGAUUGGCUUUCUCUGUCAUAACAGGAAGUGUAUGCAAAAAUUACUAGAAUCUGAAACCCCCAAGUCGUGAUAUUGUUGGGUGGCUAAACGUUGCGAGGCUGGAAAUUUCUACUGCCUGACUCUGAAAACACGAUGCAGGAUCAGGAAAUGCGACAUGUUAGUAAAUCCGAAUUGUGAUCAAUUACUUUAUCUGAUCAAUUACUUUAUUUUCGUGAUCUCAGGCUGUAUCUAUUUGAUAAACUCUUGUGUAAAAUUUAUCCAAGUGAAGAACAACAUUGUCCUCAAAAUGUGCUAACAAAGUUAGGCUCGCAAUGCACUGCUCUCGCAGAGAUUCAUGCCUUGUGCUGGAGUUUGCCUUCGUUCAAGGCUUAAUGUGCACGAGGACAUCGGCCGUCGCUAAUUAGAAUCUAUUCCUGAUCUGCAUGUUGCCUCUGAGUAUCACAAAGUGUAAUAAGCAGAGCACAUCGUUAAGUACGUAGUCCAUGGUGGUAUUUCUUAUACUUAUCCUCUGCAAUCAACUCUCACAACGCAUUUCAAGAAAUAUUUAUUGUGUUCCUAAUCCAGACUUUAUUUGUGCAGACAUUUGUGAUGAACUUCAAGCGUUAAGCUAUGCUCCACCUCGUGUCUAAUUCGCAGCUUGCGACGUCAGCGUCCAAUCGUCUUAUUAUAUUCAUUUGUUUCUAAGACCAACAAUUUUGACGUUGUAAUUAGAAAUGAUCUUGAAGUUUUAAUUUAUAUGUUUCUUCACAAAUUUAAAUUAAUAAUCUGCAUGUAUCUAGGAAUGCUGUUAUCUUUUUCUGGCUUGGUAAUUUCAAAAUAUUCCAACACAAGAAAUUGUUAGAUCUGCUUUAAUUUUGUAUCUCAUUCUGUUGCUGAUCGUGUCUCGUUCUGUCAGGAAUGUCGCAAGCAGUAAUUUCUUGACCGUGACGAUGACUUUUAGCGUGGACGAAAUUGCACGUGAUUUCUUUUAAUAGAUGAAUGAAAUGACGCUUAGGAGUUAUUUUGCAGUGAUGGAGGCGUGUCGUGUGUUGAUAUCGAUGACCUGCUUGUUCAAUGUGCCCGUUUGAGCGGAAAUAGUGAACAAAACAUAAUCCUUGGCCUCGCCCUGAUUCAGACGGUGAGCUUUAACACUUUUGAUUGGGGCCUUACUUGGUAAAACCCAAACGAGAGGUUUUUGGAUUCGCGUCUCUAAUUUUACUAUGUAACGGAUCGGGCAACAACGCCCAGAAAAUUUUACUCUGAAACGCGGCAGCUGUUUUUUUUUUAAUUUGUUGCAAUGGCCGCUGAUCAUCACCGACUGCUCUGAAACUUUGCACGCCACUUGGGGACGUCUGCGUGCACAUGAAAGAACGUUUGAGCCAAAUCCGUAAAUUUUUUUCAGUAAUUAUAACUGAAAAUCCUUGAAAGUUUGGGUUUUGCCUUCUACCUAUUGAACUACUUGGUCUAGUACUCCAAAUUUCUGUUUUUAAGAUAAUUGGACCAUGGGCUACAGGUUCGUCACGAGUAAUUUUCAUGGUAAAACCGAUAUUUAAAAACUAAAAAAUGUAUUAUGUAAAAAGUUCCAUAACUAGUGAAGGACUCAAAAAAUUGUAUCAGGCAUGACGAAAGAAAAUAAUCCCUGGGGUCUCAUGCUUUCACAAGCGAAAUUUCUCUAAUCGAAACAUACGUAGGUUAUUUAGAAUAAAAGCAAAUAAAUCCAAAAUAUCUCCUAGUUCCUAUAUAAAAUAGUGAUCGAGUUGAGCAUUUUGAGAUGAAUUGGUGCACAUUCUUUCCACGGGUAAAGGCAUCGGGAGUUCACAUGUCUGUUUAUCAAAUUGUGUGACUACUACAUUUUACACGCUAUAGAAGAAACGAGAUUGACUCAACAUUAGGUCAGAAUGAGUAGGGUUUCCAGGACGCCAAGGUUUUUGAGCCUCAUGUAUUCCCAGUGAGAAUCCUGAUGGCAGAAGUACAACGGUGACUUGAGAUCGCCUAUGGAUGUAUUAUUGUUUUCGAUUAAAAUGAAUAUGUCAA